GGUGGCAUGUACACUGGAGAAGCUGGAGUUACUCUACAAGUUACAGAUUUAAAGGUGUCACUAAUCAGACUCAGUGGAAACGGAACCUUUAAACCAGGAGACUCGUUAAAUCUGACGUGUGAUGUGACCUGCACACAAAGUUCCUCACAGUUUGUGUGGUCUAAGAACAACGAGCUCUUACCUGAAUCAGGAGCCGUUCUUCACUUUCCUGCUCUGACCCUGAGGGAUUCUGGGAAUUACACCUGCACUUGGAAAACCAACACGACAUCAGAAUCUAAAACGAUCAGCCUUCCGGUCGAGGAUGUUCUCACUCAGGACAGUAUCUGGAGAGUGAAAUAUUCUGAUAAUCAAAUCUGUGCUGUGAGAGGAUUCAGUGUCUCCAUUCCCUGUAGUUAUUAUUAUCCAAUAUUAAAUCCCAACAUUCAGGUGACACAAAUGCUUUGGUGCUCAAUGAACUCAAACACAGAUCAGUGUCAUCACCCUCCAUAUGUUUAUAACAGUUCAUCAAACACCAAAUCAGACUUUGAGUUCACUGGAGACAACAAAUCAGACUGUACUUUAUUAAUCCACAAUGUACAGUUUAAUUAUUCUGGAGUCUAUAAAUUCAGAUUUAUUACUGAUAUCAGUGUUGGCAGAUGGACAGGAGACCCUGGAGUUACUCUACAAGUUACAGAUUUAAAGGUGUCACUAAUCAGACUCAGUGGAAACGGAACCCUCAAACAUGGAGACUCGUUAAAUCUGACGUGUGAUGUGACCUGCACACAAAGUUCCUCACAGUUUGUGUGGUCUAAGAACAACGAGCUCUUACCUGAAUCAGGACCCGUUCUUCACUUUCCUGCUCUGACCCUGAGGGAUUCUGGGAAUUACACCUGCACUUGGAAAACCAACACGACAUCAGGAUCUAAAACAAUCAGCCUUCAGGUCGAGGAACAUCCUGAUCAGUGGUCAAUCUGGAUGAUAGUUUAUGUGAUUGCUGGAGUGAGUCUCAUCAUCUCAGGCAUCUCAGGAGCUGUGAUUUACAACAGGAGGAGGGUCCACGCUGAGCAGCAGAAGAACGAUUCUGAUGUCCACGAUAACACUCAGCAGAAGAAGGAUGAUUCUGAUCCUCACGCUAAUGUCCAGGAGAUGGAAGGCGAUUCUGAUAUCUAUGCUAACUUCCAGCAGAAGGAGGAUGAUUUUGAGAUCUAUGCUAAUGUAUAGAUGCACUUAGCUGAUCGCACCUCGUGAUGUUCACACUUCACGCUCAGCUCAGUCUUCAGCUUGAGUUUCCUCUGUGAGCUAAAACAGACUGUUAAACAGCAUAUACACUUCCUGUGUUAUGCUUUUGCGCUUCAUCAUUUACUGCUUUUUAGGAUGUUUUGCAUCUAAAUUUGAGAAGUUUUCUAUUUUUCAUUAUCCCUUAAUAAGUGCUUAAUGUGAGCCACGACUCACCAGAACGCACUACAUGCUGCUUUAACACUGACGUGCUCAAUAGAUUAGAUUAGAUUGGAUUAUUACUUGUGGUGUAUAAUUUUAAUACAACCGAUAAACAAAUGAAAACGACACAACCUGAAACAGACUUAAUUGUCGGCAUAUACGCCCUAUUUAUUAAACACUUUUA